AUGACCUUCCCCAUAGCGACCCUCCUUCAUUCCUUCGUAUCACAAGCCCUGGCCGACGCUGAACAAAAAGCGAAACUCGGUAUCCUGGAAACUCUACCAGGACACCGAACUAUGGCCUUACGACCCGAAGAGAACACCAGCGGCCCCCUUAUAGCCACUCCAAGGUCCCCAAAACCGUCAGAUGAAGCCAGAUUUCCACUACCCCUAAUGUCUUCACCCACCAGCCCACCUCAAGAUCCACACACACCCACUCACGUAGCCCUUACACCAGACGCCGAAUUCCUCAUCAUCGAAGCCGAACUCGCAAACUGCCAACUGACACGAGAAGCGCUACAAAGACGCGAAUCCGCACUCAAAGAACGCAAAGCAGAAAUCGUACGAGAAACAAAGAUGAGGCUUGACAAGGAGGUGCGAGACUUGGCAACGCAAGGCCAAGAGGAAGAAGUCGAUCAAGGACUGUUCAUGAGCGAUGUGCAAAGGAGAGUAGAGGUUAAUCUGAAGAAGGCAGAUGAGAUAGAUGGAGCUUCACCAGAGAGGUUGGACCAAGCAGAGCCAGUGGAGGAGAAGAAAGCCGUCCCCAUAAGUGCACCAGAGCGGAGGAGACUUGCGCGUCUUGCACUGUUGAAGCAAGACCCUAGGCUAGGGCGAUGA